GAUACACUGACCCCAUACGCUCACUCAAUCCACACCGAAACCGUAAUCAUGACGCGCGCUCAACAAACCAUCAGCAUUGCUAUGCUGCUCACCUCCAUAUACCUCGCGGUAUUCAUGGAGGUCGUCGCGUUCCCUGAGAAGAUCCAGAAGGAGGUCGUUCCUUAUGUCCCAUUCUGGGCCCUCAUCACCUUCGGCGCGUACCUGCUGUUCAAGCUCGGCUGGGGCGUCUUCACGUUCAACGAUGUACCGGAUGCGUAUGCGGAGAUCCAGCAACAGAUUUUGGAAGCGAGAGUGGAUCUGAAGGCGAGGGGGGUGGAUGUUGGUGAGGAUUAGAGGAUGAACAUGGAAAUUGGAACAAUGGCUCUGGACUGGUGUGGACAAUGAGGGACCGCGCUAUCUGCAAUUGAUGGGUAUACGCAUGCUCUACAAUUGCUGCGCUUCAAAGAUAUGCCUAGUCGUCGCUUCCAUACUAUGCAACUGUCUCCUGC